UUGACAAUACUGUUGGCACUUCCACUUUUAUACCCAGAAGUCACACAGUUCAAGCACUGUAUAAUGCUGCAUGCUAUAUUGCAGGAUAUGGGGGCAUUUCACCAGUCCUGCCAGAUAGCCUGACCAAAACCAGCCUGGCUGGGUGCAUCCUCUCUGUAGCCUUGACUCCAAGUUCACAAGGAAAUGUCACGGUGUUUGACCCUACACAGUUUGCUUCCUCCAGUAUCGGAGCACAAUACAGUUGUCCAUACUGA